AUGCGAACGACUACAUUACCUCCGGCCGGCCACUAUGACUCCAGCCCGGACCACACUAGGUCUAAUAAAAUGGCAGGCGCACCCCGGUCAUCAGUGCCCACAUCUAAGCAACUGGAAGACAACUCUGAAGAAAAUGCACUGACACCCCUGGAAAGAAUAUUUAAUCGGAUUUGGGAGAAACUGUACACAACUACCACAACCACCUACCCAUGA